AAUUUGUCAAAAAUUUACUUUUCACUUCAGUUUUAAUUUUCUUCUUCCCUUUUGUUUCAUUCAAUAAAAAAACCUUAAUUUUAUCAAUAAAUUUAAAGGAAAAAAAUAUAUAAAAAUUAUAUUUUCAUUUAACACAUUUAGGACACUCCACAAUCCCAAGAAUGUCCCGGCAACACUUAAGUCGCGUCGAUCGAUUCGCGCAAAUGUCGAAGCUAGAGGAGGUCAUUGCCAAAAAACGUCAGGAAAUUCUUGAAAAACAAAGAACCACAGAAUUAGCUAAGCAAGUAGCAGCUGCUCAAAGUAUUGCAUCUAAACAAAAUGUCGAAGAGGCAGCACCCGAGGAUGAAGAAGUCAUUGAAACAGUACCACCACCAACGCCACAAUCAUCAUCCUCAACAACCAUAAUUGGAUUGAGUAGUCAAUCGAAACUUAAAAAUACAUUUUGUAAUGAUGGUUCUUUCCUUACGCAUUUUAAAAAGAUUCUAGAAAAACACAAGCCUGAGCCACCGCCGCCACAACCUGAGCCAGAGCCUGAACCCGAGUUAGAAGCUCAAGCUGAACAAGAUAGAGAGCCAGAACCUAUUCCCUAUGAAUCUUCUAUUCUCAAUGAACAACAACAGCAACAAGAUAUGCAACAUCAACAAGAUAUGCAACAUCAACAAGACAUACAACAUCAACAACACCAAGCACAACAGCAACACCAACACCAACAGCAGCAGCAACAACAUCUACCACAACAACAACAGCUACUACAACAACAGCACCUCCAUCAUCAGCAACAACAACAACAACAUCAGCAAGCUCCACAACCCUUAAAGAUUGAAACUCAAAUGCCUCCAACUGAAUUACCUCCUCCACCAAUAGUUCCAAGUUCAUACUUUAAUCUUGUAAUUCCUCCACCAAUGAUGAAUUUACAAGUUACAGUUCCACCACCACCUCCACCACCACCACCAGUACCAGUACCCCUGCAACAAUGCAUUCCACCACUAUAUAUGAUACCACCACCAGAGCCACUGCAAUUGAAUACAAUUCCUCCGCCAAAGGAAUUCGAUCUGAAUGCCAUUCCUAAGCCAGAGUUCAACUUGGAUGCAAUUCAGGUGCCAACUGAAACGACAGAAAAAGUUUUUUCAGACAACUCAAAUGACUCUAUAACAUUACCGACAUCAUUAGAACAAUUAAUCGAUUUGGUUGCCGAUUUUGGUGAUGGUUAUGAAGAUAAAAUACGUUCGCAUAAAAACGCUUUACACCCAUCCUUGUGGUUUCUGUUUGAGAAGGAUUCUGAGCAAUAUAUUAGUUACCGAAAAGAAUUGGAAGCUUCCCGAUUAGAUCACCAACUGCAAGAGCAGGAACUGUUCGAGCAAGAUGAAAUGCAACACUUUGACUUGGCUAAAUCUUCAAAAACAUUUGAUGAUAAGUAUGAUCCUGAGUGUGUUAUGGAUCGCGAUGAAGAUUCAGAUGAUGAGUACAUGCGAGGUAUGAUGGAUCGAAAUCGUGACAAUCUAAAGCGACGAAUCGAAUGUCGCAAUGAGAUAAUGGAAGAAGAGCGUCAGCGAGAAGAGAAGAAAAAGCAACGCAAAAGUCGUUGGGGAGAAAAGUCUGACGAAAUACCACCUGCUCUUUGUACUCUGGGUAACCAAAACAAACCGGUAUUGUCUGCUGUACAACGAACAGACCCAGCUUUGUUGCAAUACGCACGUCAAAACUAUGGCACAACAGAAUUAGAAGAAGACGAAUGGAGAAAGUGUGAGGAACACUACAAGGUCAAUCUGCUUUAUCAGGAUAUGUUGAAAAAACGACAAGAAAUCGAUCGAUUAGCUAGAUCGGGUAAAUUUAAGUACGAAUAUGAUUCGGACGAAGAUGUGACUGGGGGAACUUGGGAACACAAGUUACGUAACGCUGAAAUGGAAGCCACAAACGCCUGGGCAUCGGCCCUUACAAAACAAUCUGAAGGCAAGCAUCAUAUUGGAGAUUUUUUACCUCCAGAAGAACUGAAAAAAUUCAUGGAACAAUACGAGGCUAAGAAGAGCAACAGACAACCGGACUUGAGCGAUUAUAAGGAAUACAAACUUCGUGAGGAUAAUGUUGGUUUUCAAAUGUUACAAAAGCUCGGCUGGAAAGAAGGUCAAGGUUUGGGAUCGGCUGGAACUGGAAUUGUUGAUCCUGUUAAUAAAGCUCCACAGCGAGAUGGUCAUCAGGGUUUGGGUGUGGCAAGUGCUGCUGCACCUGAAGAUUGCGACAAUGAAUACGAUGCUUAUCGGAAGAGAAUGAUGCUGGCUUAUAGAUUUAGACCUAAUCCAUUGAAUAACCCUCGACGAGCAUACUAUUAAUAUUAGAAAAUAUUAAAAAGGAUAAAAUCAUCCUAUAUUAUUAGAAGUAAAUAAUUUACUUCCUUAUGAUUAUAAUAUAAUAGCAUGAGUACAUGACUAUUAAGAUAACUACAAUAGAUGUUGUUUCGAAUUUGA